GUGCUUUUUCUCUUUAAUCCAUUUAGAUAACAGGAGCCAUCCUGCUGGCAGUAGGAGUGUGGGGAAAGCUGAUGCUGGGUCCGUACAUCUCCCUGAUAGCCGACAACUCAACCAAUGCCCCCUACGUCCUCAUUGGCACCGGCACUGUCAUAAUCGUUUUCGGCCUGUUUGGAUGCUUCGCCACCUGCAGAGGAAGCCCAUGGAUGCUGAAACUGUAUGCCAUGUUUCUCUCCCUGGUUUUCCUUGCUGAGCUUGUGGCUGGCAUCUCUGGAUUUGUGUUUCGUCAUGAGAUAAAGGGAACCUUCCGGAGGACUUACACUGAUGCAGUCCUGAACUACAAUGCUGAGGACGAGGCAAGCCUUGCUGUAGACAACUUGCAGCAUAAUCUGCGUUGCUGUGGAGUUUAUAACUACACCAGCUGGUUUGCCAGCGUGUAUUACCCCUCCAACGGUAUCCCUCCCAGCUGCUGCUUUAACUCCUCUGAUUGUAACCCAGAAAAUCUCCGCAAUGCAACUGUAGCCCCAAGCAAGGUCUACCACCAGGGCUGCUUUGAGUUGGUCACCUCUUUCAUGGAAACCAACAUGGCCAUCAUUGCAGGAGUGACGUUUGGCAUUGCCUUCUCACAGCUGAUUGGCAUGUUGCUGGCCUGCUGUCUGUCCAGGAUCAUCACAGCCAACCAGUAUGAGAUGGUCUAGCUGAUGUGAGGUGGCAGGGAGAUGGAGAGAAGAAAUGACAAAGUGUCUUGCCACAAGUCAGAAGUAAAUUCCCUAAAGUCCCAUCACACAUCUGAAUCGGAAGUUGCCUCUGUCCGUCUCUCUGCCUGUGAUCUCAGUGUAAUAUCUUAAUGUACCUUAUUGUAAAGCACCAUUCCUCGACUCGCUGCGAUUGCGAUCAAAGCUUUCUGUAUGACGCUCCACAUUGAUGCUUGGCGUAAAAGUUGCUCAUUAGCGGUUAUCUCUGAUCGGCGCAGCUCACAGCAGGUAGGGGGAGCAGGGCGGACGACAUCAGAAGGGCAUUACUUAAAAAUCUGAAAGUAACCCUCUCACUGGUAGGUUUAGUUUUUUCCCAUUUGUUAUCACUCAUCACUGUGUAUGCCUAGGAUUUUAGUCCUUUGUUACUUGAUUCUGUGCACUAAGGAGGAUAGUCUAGGUUGUUGACGGUGGGGAAAGGGAGAACCGCUGUAGAGUAUUUUUUAACCAUGAUAUUAAAAAGAAAUAUUUUUUUGCUGAUAUAUAAAAAUAUAGAAAGCCCAAUAAGUUAAUAAAAUU